AUUUCCGGUGUCUUUGGGGAGGCGAUACUUCUCCCUUCCACUUUGUGUGAUGUCCAGUAAUUCCGCACUGUCUGAUACAUAUAUUACCCUCAGAGCCACGGCUGGUGCUGCAGCUUAUAUCUAGACCCGGUUCUGCGGUGAGAGCCAGAGGGUCUGACGGAGGAUCACAAUGUCUGAACUUUUUAUGGAGUGUGUGGAGGAGGAGCUGGAGCCGUGGCAGAAACAAGUUCCUGAAGUUCACUUGAUAGAUGAUGAUGAUGAUGAUGAGCCCAUCUUCGUUGGAGUGCUCUCUAAUAACCAGAAGGAGGGUAGGCCUAACCCGCCAUCUCAGAGUAACAGCGCAGGGAAACAAGAAAUCAAGCUUCCUGCUCCUCAGCCUGCCAUUGGCUCCUCACCCAUAAUGCUGCCGUUGAGUGUAACUGGAAAUGCAGUGAAUACUACAGCACCCAAUUUGACAACAGUGACCCCGCAGCCCGUUAUCGUCAAUAACCAGGGCUUUAUUGUCACUUCUCCUCAUCUAGCAAACAACAGUGACUUUAUUGCCUCUCUUGGGAGCCAGUAUCCUCCUGGGACAUCAUUUACAAUAGUACCAGCUGGGCAGCAGCAUCUGUUCCAGCAGAUCACCACUGCCACAGUAAUACCCGGUGCUGUCCACAGACCUCAGGUGCAACAAAUCAGCAACAACGUUGUGACUUUAUCCAACGUACAGAGUCCUGCUGUGUACUCAGCACAACCUCAUCAGCUGCAACUCAACUGGCCCAACUCGCAACCUCUUAAGACCUUUUCUUUGCCAGCAAAGGCCAUUACCAAUAACGAUAACAGAGAUCAAAUGUUAAUCAAGCGCGUGAUACCACCACAGCAAAUAGACAGCAUAGCAAAAAGAGCCAAGCUUGAAUUGAGGUCAGUGGAAAAUGGUGUAUUAAAGAAAAAGUGCCCAAAGUGUCCAGAGGAAUUCCUCACACAGGAGGCCCUGAAAUUUCACAUGGUGAGCUGCUGUGCAGUAGUAGAAGCUUCAGCUCCGUCAGCCGUGAACAUCGGUGCAAACAAACGCAUCAUGCUGGUUUCAGAUUUCUACUACGGCAGAUUUGACGGAGAUAAGAUCCAGAAGGAAGUGCAGAAACCCAACACAACUUUCAAGUGCCAGAGCUGUUUAAAAGUUCUCAAGAACAAUAUCAGGUUCAUGAACCACAUGAAGCACCACUUGGAGCUGGAGAAGCAGAACAGUGAGAGCUGGGAAAGCCACACCACCUGCCAGCAUUGCUAUCGACAGUACAUGACUCCGUUCCAGCUGCAGUGCCACAUCGAGAGUGCUCACAGCUCCAUCGAAUCCUCAACAAAUUGCAAGAUAUGUGAGCUGGCGUUUGAGUCAGAGCAGGUUCUCCUGGAACACAUGAAGGACAACCACAAGCCUGGGGAAAUGCCUUACAUCUGCCACGUCUGCAAUUACAGGUCGUCUUUCUUCUCAGAUGUGGAGACACAUUUCCGAAGUGUCCAUGAAAACACGAAAGACCUGCUCUGUCCUUUCUGUCUAAAAGUUCUUAGAAGUGGUCAUAUAUACAUACAACACUACAUGAAACAUCAGAAAAAGGGGAUCCAUCGCUGUGGAAAAUGCAGACUGAAUUUCCUCACAUACAGGGAGAAAGUGGAGCACAAGACUAACGUCCACAAAACCUUUAGAAAACCUAAAGCUCUGGAAGGUCUUCCUCCAGGAACCAAGGUGACCAUUCGAGCCUCCCUCACAGGAAAGACUCCAACAAUGCACAGCUCCAACGAUCAAUCCAGCCUUGUUGUCACUCCAGAAAGUUUCAACCAGCAAACCAAACCUCCUGUUGGUGUUUCCAAGUCAAACGUCUCUGCAGCAAAAGCCAAGACGAGCAAGAAGAAAGGCCCGUAUAACAGGCACAAUCUGUCGCUCAAGAACCUCAGAGUCGAUGAAAGACGCUUUACGUGCAUCGAGUGCAACACACAAGUGGACCACUUCUUUUCUCAUUUCCCAAUGAUUUCAAUUUGCGGUGCGUGCAAAUAUCGGACAAGUUGCAAGGUCGCCAUUGGGAAUCAUAUGAUAAGAUUUCAUAGCACCAUAACCAAAAACAGAUUCUUGAAAAUGAAUCACCACAAAUAUUCAUCUGCACCAAAAUUAACCCUGGUCUGUCUCAACUGUGACCUCCUCGUGGACGCAUCAGGCGGCGACCUGAUGACCAAACAUUUAACGGACAGACCAAAUCACAUAUGCAAAGUCAUUCAGGAAAAGGCAGAAAUCAAAGCCAAAGAUCGAGUUCAUCUCUUCUUGAGGCAGCCAUCAAAUUCUUUUUAUCUCUUGACGACGGUGCCUGUUCAAAGACCAAAGGAAAUUGAAUUGAAAGUGGUUGAAAAGCGAACUUCCGCCACUGUGGAAAGGCCAGAACCGAUUGUACCAGCAGUCCUUUUUCUGGACGGAGUAACGUGUGUCAACAGUCAGAAAUUUGUUUUGAACUAUUAGGAAAUACACUGCCCGGCUUCAGCAAUGUUUUGUGCAUGAGACAUCAUUUUCACACAUGGAUUGGCCACCACAGAGGCCAGACCUGAACCCGAUUGAGAAUCUUUGGGAUGUGCUGGAGAAGACUUUGCGCAGUGGUCCGAAUCUCCCGUCAUCAAUACAAGAUCUUGGCGAAAAAUGAAUGCAAGACAGAAAUAAAUGUUGUGACAUUGCAGAAGCUUGUGGAAAUUAUGCCACAGCGAAUGCGUACCAUAACCUAAUAAAGGUGGUCCAACGAA